ACAGAUAUGGGUAAUCUGACCAUGAUCAAAGAAUUUCUUCUUCUGGGAUUUGGGAGUCUCCAUGGGCUACAAUUUUUCCUUUUUGCAAUAUUUCUGGGAAUCUAUGUUGUGACCUUGCUAGGGAACAUUCUCAUCCUUACAGUAAUUUCCAGUGACUGCAGCCUCCAAACCCCCAUGUACUUCUUUCUGUUUAAUUUCUCCUUCCUUGAGAUCUGGUAUACUACCUCCAUUGUCCCUAAGAUGCUGCAGACCCUUCUUUCAGGCCCUGAGGUGAUUUCUUUUGCAGGCUGUGUGGCCCAGUUUUACUUCUUUGGUUCCAUGGCAGUAGUUGAGUGUUUUCUGCUGGCAGCUAUGUCUUAUGACCGCUAUCUCGCUAUCUGCAGCCCUCUCCGAUACCCCUCCCUUAUGAACCUCCACACAUGUGUCCUCCUUGCAGGUGGGUCUUGGCUUGGAGGGUUCCUAACUCCUGUGGUCACUGUCACCAUGACUUUCCAGCUGCCAUUCUGUGCAGCCUAUGAGAUCGACCAUUUCUUCUGUGACCUGGCUCCUGUGCUGAAGCUGGCUUGUUCUGAUCCUGAGACAGUGGAAGAAACCACUUUCCUCAUGGCCUCCUUUGUCACCAUGGUACCCUUCUUGCUCACUGUAGCCUCCUAUAUCCACAUUGUGGCUGCUGUCCUCAGGAUCCCAUCAGCUGCAGGAAAGCAACGGGCCUUCUCCACCUGUUCCUCCCACCUCAUUGUGGUCACUCUGUACUAUGGAACACUGGGAACAGUAUAUGCCAUUCCCACAGCAACCCAGGCCACUGCCUUAAACAAGAUCUUCUCUCUGCUUUAUACAGUGGUCACCCCCAUGAUCAAUCCCAUUGUGUAUAGCCUGAGAAACAAGGAUGUUAAAAAGGCAAUAAGGACACUCCUGAGUCGGUGGGCAUACUCCAAGGAGACCUAA